CCACCUCCUCCACGCGCCAUUUUUAAUCCCCCUUCCCCACGAAGCCCCACUGCGCUCCGCUCCGCUCCACUGCCCCCUCUGCGGCUUCCUCGGGGAAUGCGACCGCGCGCCCGAGCAUGCCUCGCCUCGAGCCGGGGCUAGGGAUCCCCGCCCGCGCGUCCAAGCCACCGCCCGAGCGCCGGCGCAAGAAGCCGCCGCUGAGGCGAGGGGGGCGACCGGCCGGCGCCGCAAAGCAGCAGCCGGUGGGGCCCCGCGGCGCGUCCGAUCCAGAUCCGGCGCCCUCCUCCGCGCGGCGGCCCCUCCCCAGCAGCAGCAGUAGCAGCUGCAGUGGCUUCGCCACGCGUGGCACGGCUCCGCGAGACGAGGAGGGGAGAGACGGCACGAUCUCGGCUGAGUCGGAGGAAGCGGCGGAGGCAACCAGUGAUUCGUUCUCGUACUCGCUAAGAGAGUGCCAGAAGCAGCGGCAGCUUAAAUCAGAGGGGCCUGCGUUGCCGGCCUCGCACGAGCUCAACGGUGGCGGAGUGGGGGGUAUUGAGCUGUUAGUGCUCUCGCCGAGGUGUUUGAUAGGGGGUAACGCGGGAGGAAUGAGCAAGAGCUCGACUGCGUCAUCGCGGAGCAGAUCAGGCACAGGCACAGGCACGUUCCCUAGCCCUGGGACUCCGAACUACAACCGGCAUUGUGCAGGCAGCAUGCAGUACUCCAAGGGUUGGAGUUCAGAGCGGGUGCCACUGGGCACAGGCAGCAAUAGGAGGUAUGGGGGGAGUGGGGUUGUGCUUCCUUUUAACAAUGGGAGGAAGCUGCCAUCGAAAUGGGAGGAUGCGGAGAAGUGGAUCCUGAGUCCAGUUUCUUGCGAUGGGAUUGGAAGGAUGUCGGCACCGGCUCCGCAUCAUAGACGGCCCAAGUCGAAGAGUGGGCCACUUGGCCACCCAGCUGGCGUUCCAGGAGCUUACACAGCUGUUUCACCGCUUGUUCCCUGCUUUGAUGGUGUUCUCGCAGCAGCUAAUUUCGCAGCACAUUCACCUUUCUCUGCUGGGGUUCUCAUACCAGAGCACGGGAGCAUUGGUGACUUUAGCAGUGGAAGCAGAUGCGGUGAUGAUGGCAGCAGCAGAUCAUACUCUGCCGAGAAAGAGCCGUAUAUAUUAAGAUCCACAAGUAUACAUGCGUGGACAGAAACACUUAUGGAGGCAUCUGCUUUUGCUAAUAUCGCAGAAGAAGCUGCACGAGAUGAUAAACUGCCAGGUCAGCAGGAAGCAAAUUCUGUGAUUUCCAGUCCAAUCAUAAAGAAAGAUGUUGCUACACAUAUGAGUCCCGAGGAUAGUAUACCGUCUUCUCCAAAAGCGAGGCAUUCCUGCUCCAGCCUGCCAUCAGGGCAUCUGAUUAAAGAAGCAAAUAGUCAUAUACCUAAACCUGAAAUCAGGGAUGUGCAGGUAGAUGAUCAAGUAACUGUGACCCGGUGGUCCAAGCGACAUGUAACACGAGGCUCUGAUAAGCGGUCAACAAAUAUUAUUGAAUGGAGGAAGAAAACCAUGGAAACUCGGGCUCCAUCUUUUGAUGAAAAAGAAAGAGAAAGAUGCGUGUCAAAGUGCAAAAGGGAGGAAGCGAAGAUCACUGCUUGGGAAAAUCUACAGAGAGCAAAAGCAGAGGCAGCUAUUCGGAAGUUGGAGAUGAAGCUUGAAAAGAAAAGAUCAUCCUCAAUGGACAAAAUUUUAAGCAAACUCAGCUCUGCCCAGAACAAAGCACAAGACAUGCGUAGUGCAGUUUCUGCUAGUGAAGGUCAAUGUGGUGUGAGGGCAACCAAGAAGGGAUCUUCCUUUGUCAAAACUGGCAAACCUUUCAGCUGCUGCUUCACCUACCGUGCUUGCUAGUUGUGGUAUAGUUGGUGGCUGUGGGUGCAGCAGUGGAUAUACAAAUUUUUCUGAUGUUGCGGAUCAUGUCAGCCAACAGAUAUGGGCUUUUGACUACGAAUUGCAAGGGGAAGUCAGUUGGCUUUUGUGCUGUGGACGUAACAGGAGUUGUUAAAAUAGAGUUUGCACGAUCGAAGUCAUACCAAUGUAGAGUAGACAUCGAAGUCAUUGAGCGAAAUCUACUCAUGUGGCUACUGCUACGGAUUACUGUACUCAGUACCCUGAGUCUCCAAUCUCUGUACACCCAGUAGAAGAAGCUCCUUUCUUGAGCUUCAUGCUAGUUAAAUGCCAGAUUGAGCUUGUAUUCAUUCCGCUUGACGUGUAUCUUUCGUGGAAUUGUGUAUGUAAUGCCGAUCAUGGGGGCUCUUACAUUGACACGGUAUUGAAAGAAGUUAUUUGAGCUGUACCA